AUUCUGUAAAGCCAAUUAAAAGAUCCAUCGAAAAACAAUAAUGUCGGUAAAUCAUACGGCUGCAGGAUCCCCUUAAAUUAAGUCCUAAAUUUCACCGCCUCGAAAUAAUCCAGAAUAAAGCCAUUAGAGCCUGCUUGGGCUACCGAAUUUCUACCCCCAUCAAUACCAUGUUCGCAGAAGCUAAGGAGCCGCCUCUUAAACUUCGUCUCAAAUUCCUGGCGGCGAAAUACCUAAUCAAAACAAUGUCUAUUACCGAUCACCAGGUUUCGGAAUCUAUGUUUCAACUAGCGCUUACAUCCCGAGAAUAUCCUGCGGGCUUGACACAUUGUCGAGAAAAAUUUUCCCUCUUCGAUUUAUUCCGACAACUUAAAUCCCUCCGACCUUCGCUACACACUGCAGUAGCCCCCCCUCCCUUCCAACAUUCCUAUCAAACUAUCCUCUUUACUCCCAUACUCUAUCAUCCGGAACAGGAUUUUAUUGACCUUAUUGAUCAAGUCCCCAAAUCCACCGUACAAAACCUAUUCCUUCAAGCGUUUGGUCCCAUUAUGCGAGACUCCAUUGUAUUUUAUACGGACGGUUCCAAGAUGGGUUCGGCAAAUUGGGUGGGAGCCGCGUGCUUCUCGCCACAACUACAACGCAGUCUGAUGUUUAAACUCCCAGCUCGAGCUUCAAUCUUCACAGUUGAAGCUUGGGCCAUAUAUAAUGCCGUUUUACUCAUUUUAGACUUAGAUACUCCCAAAUUCACCAUUGUCUCAGAUUCAAAAAGCGUCUUGGAGGCGCUUACAAAUCCUGUCACGUGUCGCUCAAAUUAUUUAAUUCCUCUAAUUAAAUCCAAAAUUAUUUACGCACAAGAGCGUGGGAAAAACAUUCAGCUAGUGUGGAUUCCCUCUCAUAAAGGUAUCAUGGGAAAUGAGAUUGCUGACGAAUUUGCCAGAAAGGCUAUCAGAUCAGGUAUGGAAUCUCCAGCAUUUAAACUACCACAUUCCGAUCUUUUUAUAGAACAGAGAGAAAAGCUCGCUACGGAAUUUCAUAAUUAUUUAUUUAGUAGAGCCAGAUACAAGGGAAAUCAUUUUUUUCAAAACAUCUAUGUCAACUCCUCUAAGCUCUAGUAUUAUAAAUUAGGACUGAAACGAGAUACUAUAGUCGCGAUCUCCAGACUGAGAGCGAACCACUACAACCUCAAUUACAGCCUGUAUAGAAAAAACAUUAUUGACGACGGCUCAUGCGCUUGCGGCGAACAAAUUCAAGAUAUCACCUAAUUUUUUAUUGGCCUCUAACAUUUAACUGGGCUUCGAGUCUCCGGCUCGCAGUAACAUCACUCAAGGGCCCUUCCUGCAAUUACAUAUUUCCUAUUCUGAAAAAACCUACCAACAAAAUUAGCCGCUUAAUCAUGUCCUGCAAAGCAGCCAACAUUAAUUUGUAAAUGCGCGCGUCUCCCGCGAGCACAAAUGGCCUCUGUUCCCCUCCAUAUUCUCUUUCUCUCCCUUCUUUAGAGGGUCUCUAGGUAGGACUAUAAAUCGCGGAAUACAGGUAGGUAGGUAGGUAUUCGGGUAGGCAGGGACAAGGGGGAUUAAAUUCGAUAGAAAAAAUUGUAAACAAAAUAAAAG